AUGAUCUGUAAUUCCUCUCCAGGUGCCAUGAAAGAUGCCAAGGGCCAGAGAAGGAGCUCAGCUUCAGGCUGCUCCGCUGGCAAACCCCGAUUCUCUGGCAAUAUUUAAGCUGCCUGUCAGUUGGCAGAGCCCUGCUGGUGCCCGGCGCGGGGAGCAGAAUAAGACCCGGCUGAGCGCAGUGUGUGCAGCAGGCCAGGCCGUGCCCAGCAGCCAUGGAGCCCAGCAGCGUGCCCCCAGCCUCGGUGACCCCCUCGUGGGACGUGUUCCCCCAGCAGACCCUGGAGCCCGUGGACAUCGCUGUGCUCGUGCUCUAUUUCCUCUUCGUGCUGGCCGUGGGGCUCUGGUCCAUGUGGAAGACGCAGCGCAGCACCGUCAAGGGCUAUUUCCUCGCCGGGGGACAGAUGGUCUGGUGGCCUGUGGGUGCAUCCCUGUUUGCCAGCAACGUGGGCAGCGGGCACUUCAUCGGCCUGGCGGGCUCGGGAGCUGCCUCGGGCAUUGCAGCCACAGCCUACGAGUGGAACGGCAUGUUCUGUGUGCUGGUGCUGGCCUGGCUCUUCCUGCCCAUCUACAUCGCCUCGGGGGUUACCACCAUGCCGGAGUAUCUGCAGAGGCGCUUUGGAGGCAAAAGAAUUCAGAUAUUCCUGGCCAUCCUCUACCUGUUCAUCUACAUCUUCACCAAAAUAUCUGUGGACAUGUACGCCGGGGCCCUGUUCAUCCAGCAGGCCCUGCACUGGGACCUGUACAUCGCCGUGGCCGGGCUGCUGGCCAUCACUGCUGUGUACACCGUGUCUGGUGGCCUGGCAGCUGUGAUCUACACGGAUGCCCUGCAGACCCUCAUCAUGCUCAUCGGGGCCGUGUCCCUCAUGGUCUUCAGUUUCAUUGAAGUCGGUGGCCUGGAAGGUUUGCAGGCAAAGUACUUUGGUGCCAUCCCCAGCAUCCGGCAGGAGAACAGCAGCUGUGGGCUGCCCAGGGCAGACGCUUUCCACAUCUUCAGAGACCCCGUCAGCUCGGACCUGCCCUGGCCAGGGGUCCUGGUGGGAAUGACCAUCCCCUCCCUGUGGUACUGGUGCACAGACCAGGUCAUUGUUCAGAGGUCCCUCGCUGCCAAAAACCUCUCCCACGCCAAAGGAGGCUCCUUGAUGACCUCCUACUUGAAGAUUUUGCCCCUCUUUAUGAUGGUAAUGCCAGGCAUGAUCAGCCGGGUUCUGUUCCCAGACCUGGUGGCUUGUGCAGACCCAGAAAUUUGCCAAAAAAUCUGCGGCAACCCCUCUGGCUGUUCUGACAUUGCUUAUCCCAAGCUGGUGCUGGAGCUGCUGCCUGUGGGGCUCAGGGGCCUGAUGAUGUCCGUGAUGAUUGCAGCCCUCAUGUCCUCCCUGACCUCCAUCUUCAACAGCUCCAGCACCAUCUUCACCAUGGACCUCUGGAAGCACCUCCGGCCCCGCUGCUCCGAGUGGGAGCUGAUGGUCGUGGGCAGGGUGUUUGUGCUGCUGCUGACCGUGGUGUCCAUCCUGUGGAUCCCCCUGGUGCAGGCUGGCCAGGGGGGGCAGCUCUUCAUCUACAUCCAGUCCAUCAGCUCCUACCUGCAGCCGCCCGUGGCCGUGGUCUUCAUCCUGGGCUGCUUCUGGAGGAGAGCCAACGAGAAGGGCGCGUUCUGGGGGCUGCUGCUGGGGCUGCUGCUGGGUGGGGUGCGCCUGGUGCUGGAUUUCAUCUACCCCGAGCCGCAGUGCGGGCAGCCCGACACGCGGCCCGGCGUGGUCAGGCACAUGCACUACCUCUACUUCUCCAUGGUGCUGGGGGCCGUCACCAGCCUCACCGUGCUCCUGGUCAGCCUGGCCACCGAGCCCCCGGCCCCCGAACAGAUCAGCCGGCUGACCUGGUUCACCCGCGGGGAUGCCCCGGCCGUGCAGGAGGCAGCAGCAGCAGCAGCCGGGCCUGGCCCCACCAAGGAGCAGCUGGAGCUGAGCCCCACUCCUGAGAGCGGCCCCGACUCCAGCAAAGGUGCAGCCGAGGCCAAGGGCAGCUCCAAGCUGCUGAGCACCGUGCUGUGGCUCUGUGGCAUGGAGCGCAGGCAGGAGGGGGCUGAGCCCCUGCCCAGGCCUGAGCCCCUGCCCGUGGUGUCCCUGGAGGAGGAGCCCCUGGUGAAGCACAUCCUGAACAUCAACCUGCUGCUCUGUGUGUGUGCUGGGGUCUUCCUCUGGGCCUACUUUGCAUAGCCAGGGGGAUGCCAGGCACACACACCAUCUAAUCCUAACUGGUGUAAAUAUUAAUGAUUAGUGGAGGGUUAAUGUAAUUCUUAAUGCUUUCUAAAUUUUAUUUCUUUAUUUAAGAUAUUUUAAAGACAUAAUAUUUUCCUUAUUUCUAAUGGGGGCCUGGCUGUGCCUGGGCAGAGCACUUGGCACUGGCACUGCCAGACCCCACCUGGCACCAACCAGCUGAGGACGGUUGGUUUGGUUAUUUUAAAUAUUUAAUUUUGCUCUUUGGCCUUAGAGCACUGCCUGGAAUUCAGGAAGCCUGGAAUCUCUUCCUAUUUAUGCCUUGAUAACCAGCUACGACCCCUUGGGUCCCCCUCUGGUUCAGCUCCUCUGGCCUUGGGGGACAGCAGUGACACCUCGAGUGCCCAGAGCAGAGCCCAGGGCUGUUCUCUGUGCUCUGCUGUGCCUCUGGCUCAGCUGUGCCCGUUCAGCUCCUUCCCUGUGUGCAGUGAGUGCUCAUGGACCUGUCUGGGAGCUCUGGCUGAGGUACCACCACUGACACUCCAAUGGCAGCACCAGCACCAGCA